AUGGGGACGAUUUGGGCAGUGGUGAAACCCAAACGCCCUGUAUAUGCUAUCGAAUAUGCUCAUAUUGAAAAGGCGGUCCCGAACUCUGAGCUCACAUCUCUUGCUGGCAACUUUAGCUUUGUGAUGAGGGCCUAUAAUCCCAACAAGAAGUCCAACAUUUACUACGAAUCCAUGAAGAUUUAUAACACUAUUGACAGUGGAAAUGAAAACGCUAUUCCUGUUAGGCUUGUAGAGGAUUUCUUUCAACGUCCUUUCAAUGUGACUCAGAUUCAUUUCUUGGUUUUGGCAACAUUCUCCUCCAACGAUGGUGCUGACAUCAUAAACGAGUAUCUACUGCACGGCAGAAUCACAGCAAAAAUUUCGGUCAAGGCUGUCAUGAAGUUUAGGCAUGGAAGCUGA